AUGAACGAGCUGCAUGAUAUUCACUUGGCUGUCAAAACGAAAAAGUCAACAUCCGGCUCAAAGUUUUCCCAAGACGAGAUUGCCCAAAUCCAGUCCGAGCUGGCCAAGAUGAUUGCUGCCGAACGAACCGUCUCCCUUGACCAGCAGUUCUUGAAGAACCUGGCCUUUGACCAGCUUGAGGAACGACACAUGUCUAUAAUCAAAGCCCACGAGGACACCCUGGAGUGGAUCUUCGAUCCUGCAACCGAUUCCACUGACGGGAGAAAGCUUCUGCAGUGGCUCAAACUCGGAAAGGGCAUAUUCUGGGUGUCCGGAAAGGCUGGGUCUGGAAAGUCGACACUCAUGAAAUUCGUGGCCGGACACGAGAAGACACGUGUCCUGAUCUGA